AUGGACUCAUUACCAUCUAUCCCUGUUUUGACUUGCGUCGCUAAGUCUCAGAGUCAGAUGAGUCCCACUGGUCGCAAUGGUGCCAAAGACAACCUCAACGUCCACGAUUUGGAGUUGAUGAUGCAGUGGUGUACUAAGACAUAUCGUUCAAUGUCUCAUAAUAGCGAUGUUGAGAGUAUCUGGCAGACUGUCAUUCCACGUGAAGCUAUGCAGCAUCCGGCCCUGAUGCAUGGUAUUCUCGCGCUGUCCGCAUUGCAUCUGGCUUCCUCAACAGGAGGAAGCAUGCACGAACGAUAUAUUAAAACGGCAAAGACCCAUAAAGACAUGGCUCUGUCAAAUUUCAAAGAGACAUUCGCAAAUAUCGACCAUUCAAAUUGCAAUGCAGCCUUUGCUUUAUGCAGCCUCACGACCAUAUCUUCCCUGGCCUUUCCUCUGAUUGCCGGACACGGCCAGACAAACACGGCGCUGGAUGAUCUUUGCCAGGCUUUCCAAGUUGCAAGGAACUCCAUGAAUGUUCUGGCCCAGAUCGCUGACCAAGUUAAGAGCGGCGAGUUGAAGCCGUUGCUUGAAAAGGACGAAUGUGGCCCCAAGAUGCCCGACACUUCGCGGCUUGCUAUCAUGUCGUUAUCAAUGACGAACUCACAGCUGGCCAACCGGAACCCGAAGCACGAAAGAGAGAUGUUUGAGGCAACAAUCAGACAGUUGGGGGAGACUCUAGAAAAACUUGCGCAAGGCAGGGAAGCUUCAAUCGUGGCGUUCCAGUGGAUGUACCACAUUCCGCCGAGGUUCAUAGACCUAGUGCAUGAGCGAUAUCCGUUCGCUCUGGUCAUCCUGGCUCAUUAUGCUGUGGUCCUCCAUUUUAUGAGAAGCCGCUGGUGGAUGGGUGAAUGGGGUGCACGAAUCAUCCAACAAAUAGGUCGACUCCUGGACUCUCAAUGGCGACAAUCUAUUAGUUGGGUAUUAGAUGCUACAGGCUGUCAUAUUUCACCAACUUGA